AUGGCGCACAGCUGUCGGUGGCGGUUCCCCGCUCGGCCCGGAGGGAGCAGCAACUCCGGUACCGGGAGGAGAGCGGGCCGAAUCAGGGUCACUGCCUCUCUCCGGAGUGUCCCGGGGACCCACCCCAGCACGACUGGUCUCGGACCCGGGUUUGAUGCUGCACUACAGGUCUCCUCGGUUAUCGGCAGCAACCUGCAGAAAUUUCGGGAUGUUUUAGGGGAAUCGAGUGACUCGAGCAGCGGGGAGGAAGAAGCAUUUGGAGGAUUUGGAACAGCCACUGAGCAGAAAAGAAUACAGAGCCCUUCAAGGACUUCUGCAGGUGCUUCAACACAGGAAAAAAAGCCCCGUGGUCGUCCCCCACGUGCUCUGACUACCCAGAAAUCCCUUGCAGGUGUCCACCCUCCUUCCUCCCCUGUGUCCACUACCCAGGGUAAAUCGGAGGGUCCUGAGCGGCCAUCCGAGAAGGUCAAACGGUUGCCUGGAAGGCCACCUGGCUCUGGGGAGAAGAAAAGAGGCCGUCCCCCUUCUUCAAGUAGUCAUAGAGCAUGGCAUACAGGCAGCCAUGCAGCAGGGGAAGACAGCAGACAGUUACGGCCUGAGCCAGGCAUGGACACAGAUGAGGAGAGGGACAGAAAGGGUGCCAAGAGGACGUUAUUGGGCUCCGCGCAGCAGCAGGAGACUGAGGCCAAGUUGCUCAAAGGUGGACGGGGCGAAUCCAAAGUUACUAAGCUGAAGCGGCUGAGAGAAGUCAAACAUGGCCCUCUCAAGUCACGCCUCAAGACUUUACCUGGUGUGCCCAGACGUAGACGAGGGCGACCACCAUCUGCUGAACGGCUUAAAGCUGAGGCAGCAGCCGCAGCGGCUGCUGCCCAGCUGUCCACUGAAUGUGUGGAUGGGAGACACAAAGCCUUUAGGCUCAGAGGGGACAGAAGCACAGAACUACACACUCCCCAGCAUGCCAGGCUCAGGAAUGUGGAUGGCUCUGAGCUCCAGGACUCGUCUAGUCCCCCUGCCUCCCCAUCUCCGUCCAAGCUGGGCAGGCCACUGGGCCUUAGACAAAGUCCUAGACACAUUAAGCCUGUCAGAAUUGUCCCCUCUUCAAAACGCACUGAUGCAACCAUCGCCAAGCAGCUGCUGCAACGUGCCAAGAAAGGAGCGCAGAAGAAAAAGUUAAUGGAGAAAGAAGCUGUUGCCAUCGGUGGACCAAGUGCUGGAGGCGUGGAGGCUGGCAUCAGAAGGAGGAGGAGGACCCAGCUAAAAAACAUUCGACAGUUCAUCAUGCCUGUGGUUAGCACAGUUUCCCUGCGCAUAAUCAAAACCCCGAAGCGCUUCAUCGAAGAUGAGGGCAGCUUUGUUACCCCGCCACCUCACAUGAAAAUGGCACGUUUAGAGACCACCUCUUCGUCUGUCUCUACACCUGCUCAUCCCACAUCCUCUACCAGCACCUCUAGCCCUUCCCCUGCCCUGGUCUCCUCUGCCACUGUUGCUACUAGCACCGGCACCACUCCUCCUGUUGACUCCCUCCCUCCUCCUCCACCCCCAGCCCCUGUUCCGAGUGUUCCCUCAACAGCUGCAAGUCUGCUCAACAGCAGCGCCAACAACACCACCAAUGGCCGGUUCAGCAGCAGUGCAGCAUCCUGUGGCUCCAGCGCUCUGUCACAGCACUCUUCUCAACUCUCUUCUGCAGAGUCUUCCAGAUCCAGCAGCCCGAGCCUGGAUGACUCAUCAUGCGACUCUCAGGCUUCAGAGGCCACACAGGCCCUGUCAGAGGCAGAGGACCACUCACCUUCCUCUCAGGGAGAGAGAGAGGUCAACCUGUUGCACAACUCAAGGCCCCCCUCCCCUCCAUCUGAGCCAGAGCCUGAGCAUGUGGUGAUGGUAGAGAGGGGCCGUCGAGGUCGGAGAGGACCUGGGGUGAGCCAGGGGAGUCUUGGCCAAAGAGGGAAAGUGACACUGACCCCUGGGGCUAAGAAGCCCAUCAUUAGCCCAGCGACAGGAGUGCUGAUGUCCUCCUCUGCCCUUGGAAGUUCCCAGCAGGCCUCAUCCACAACCUCCUCUUCACCUCCACCUCCACCUCUUCUGACCCCUCCUCAGCCCCCCCAGUCAGCUUCCUCCAACACAGCUGCUAUCAGUGAGCACCAUACCCAAUCACCUUGGAUCGUGCCUCAUUCCAUCUCUCCUUUUCUCUCUGGACCUUCAGUGCUCUCCAGCAUGUCGGACAAACGCAGCCGGUCCAUCCUGAGAGAGCCCACCUUCCGCUGGACAUCCCUAUCCUGUACCGAACAGCAGUACUUCUCCUCUGCUAAAUAUGCCAAGGAGGGCCUAAUCCGCAAGCCCAUAUUUGACAACUUCCGUCCUCCCCCUCUGACAGCAAAAGAUGUGGGACUGAUGCCCCAAAGUGCCAGUGGAGCAGGGGGAGCUGCUCCAGUUGCAUUUCCAGCACCAGGCAGUGGAGCAGGGACAGGGACUCGUCUAUUCACCCCCCUGCACCACCACCCCCAUCACCAGCACCCCUCCUCUUCCCGCUUUGAAGCGCCACUUCAGAAGCGCAGCCCGCUGCUACGUGCUCCACGCUUUACACCCAGUGAGGCACACUCUCGUAUUUUUGAAUCUGUUACCCUUCAGUCAUCUUCUGGGAGCAGUCCUGGCUCUCUUUCGCCUCACCAGUCCUCCUCCAGCUCCAGCAGAGCCUCCCGACGAAGGCGGAGACGGGCUUUGGGCACAUUACGUGGCCAACCCCGAUCUCCCUCCCACUCUAUGACCAGACGCAGUAGCCAAAUAGGAGGCCAAAUGUCUGUGGGGAAAGGCUCCUCUGAACUGUCUGUGCUGACAGGCUCUGCCUCUAGUAGUAACCCCAGCUCUUUGCCAGGGGUGUCAGCCAGUACACUUGCCACUAGUGCCUUAACCCCUGCUUCUUUCCACACAUUCUCCACUGCACCCUUGGGCUUGGCCCCACAUGGGGUUUCUGACAGCAGGAGAGGAGGUUCCGGAAACCCGGUGUCUUCAUCCUCCACAUCAUCUUCUUCUUCCCAACUCUUCCCUCUCUUCCCUUCCAGUGCCCAGGACACAGGGCGAGGUGCUGGAAAAGGAGGGAAAGAGAGAAGCACAUCAGCUUCCCAGGAAUCUGUUUCCAAGGAAAAGGAAAGGGAUCAUGACAAAAGCCGAGAAAAGGAGAAUAAGAGGGAGGGGAAGAAGGAUUGGGAGAAAAGAGGAAAAGUCUCUACACCGGAUGCCUCUCCUAAUGCAACUUCCAGCCUCUUCUCCAUGGAUGGCAGGGACACAGAAGACCCUAUGGCAUCCCUCACUCUUAAAAAGACUCCAGGGAGAAAGAAAUUGGUGUCCGUUGAUACUGUUUCUGAAGCUAUCUCUGCAGAGAAGCGUGGGCUCCAUUCUGCUGCUCCCUUGUCAUUUGCUAAGGGGCGCAUACUUAAGAAAGGUAGACCCUCAGAGAAAGGAGCAGAAGUGGAGGAUGGGGAGAAAGAGAGGGAGAAAACAAGUGCUCCUAGCCAGCAGAUGGCAGUUCUUCCUGGACAGCAAGGCAAACAGCUCCCUGCUCCCUCUCUGGGUUCCAUGUUGGCCCAUGCAGAGAAACAGCCUGUAACUGACAAGCGGGUAGUGGGCCUGCUGAAGAAGGCCAAAGCUCAGUUGUUCAAGAUAGAGAAGAGCAAGUCGCUGAAGUCUCCAGACCAGCCUAAAGUCCAGGGUCAGGAGAGCGAUUCCUCUGAGACUUCAGUCCGUGGUCCACGCAUCAAGCAUGUUUGUCGUCGCGCAGCUGUGGCCUUGGGCCAUAACCGGGCAGUUUUCCCUGACGACAUGCCCACACUCAGUGCCUUGCCCUGGGAAGAGAGAGAGAAGAUCCUAUCUUCUAUGGGGAAUGAUGACAAGUCAUCAGUGGCCGGCUCUGAGGAAGCGGAACCCCAGUCCCCUCCCAUAAAACCACGGGAGACACGGCAAAAGGUUGUACAGGAAGCCCCGCCCAAAAAAGGGCGUCGUUCCCGACGGUGUGGACAGUGUUCAGGCUGUCAGGUUCCAGAGGAUUGUGGUGUGUGCACAAACUGUCUGGACAAGCCCAAGUUUGGAGGGCGAAACAUCAAAAAACAGUGCUGCAAGAUGAGGAAGUGUCAGAACCUUCAGUGGAUGCCCUCAAAGAUGUUUCUCCAGAAGCAAGGCAAGGGUAAAAAGGACAAGAAGAAGAACAAGCUGUCCGAGAAGAAGGAGGGCCUCCAUCCUGUCAAAAGUCCUAGCUCAGAGCCAGGUCUCAAACCUAUUCCUGCACUACCAAAGGAGGAGCCGCCACGUAAGAAGAGUGAAACUCCUCCUCCAAAGCAAGGAGAGGAGAAGUCAAGACAGCAACCGCCGUCUCAGCUGUCCUCUCCAAUCCUCGCACCUUCCCCUACUCCAAAUGAAACGCCCAAGGCCCCCAGUGCCGUUACAGCGCAGACCCAGUCUGCCGCCCCAACACCAGACUCCAAGCAGCUCUCAGCCCCUAGUAGUAUCCCCAGUAGAAAGGGAAAUAAACUACAGCAAUCCCUACCUGCAUCUUCCUCUUCAUCAUCUUCUUCCUCCUCCUCCUCUUCAUCAUCAGCCCAGAACUCUCCUGCACAAUCUACCCAAUCCCCACAACCAUCUCAACAACUGCAGCGUCCACUAACAAAUCAGGCACCUCCAAAAAAGGACGCCCCACUCAAAAUUUUGCCAAGUGAGCUCAAGAAGAAGCCCCAGCAGCAGUCAUCACAACAACAGAGCUCAGCUAUAACCACACCUGAUAAAGCCCUUGAGUUGAAACAGUUAAAGAAGCCCAACCCUCGGUCUCUUCCUCCACCUCCUAAACAGAAACCAAAAGACAUGCCACUGGCUGCUAAACCCCAAAGCAGCAGUACUUUAAACUGGCGGAGCACUCCCUCGAUUGGGGGCCAGGCCAAGCCCAGAGCGCCCUGCGACGGAGUGCAUCGUAUCAGAGUGGAUUUCAAGAGAGACCAUGAUGUGGAGAGGGUGUGGGAGGCUGGCGGCCUCAGCCUGCUCACCUCUGUGCCUGUCACACCCAGGGUGCUCUGCUUCCUGUGUGCCAGCAGUGGCAAUGUUGAGUUUGUCUUCUGCCAGGUAUGCUGUGAACCGUUCCAUCUCUUCUGCUUGGGGGAGACAGAGCGCCCCCUCCAAGAGCAGUGGGAGAACUGGUGUUGUCGACGAUGCCGUUUCUGCCAGGCUUGUGGACACCAGCACCAGAAAACCAAACAGCAGUUGCUAGAGUGUGACAAGUGCCGUAACAGCUAUCACCCAGAGUGCCUGGGUCCCAACCACCCUACGAGACCCACCAAGAAGAAGAGAGUCUGGAUCUGCACCAAGUGUGUGCGCUGUAAGAGUUGUGGAGCCACAAAACCAGGGAAAUCCUGGGAUGCCCAGUGGUCACAUGACUUUUCCAUGUGUCACGACUGUGCCAAACUCUUUGCUAAAGGGAACUUCUGCCCACUGUGUGAUAAGUGCUAUGAUGAUGAUGACUAUGACAGCAAGAUGAUGCAGUGUGGUCGCUGUGAACAUUGGGUCCAUGCCAAGUGUGAGAACCUCACAGAUGAAAUGUAUGAACUGCUGUCCAAGCUGCCUGAGAGUGUCGCCUACACAUGCACGAACUGUACGGAGCGCCAUCCGGCCGAGUGGAGAUCAGCCUUAGAGAGGGAGCUGCAAGGCUGUGUCCGGCACGUCCUCACUGCACUGCUCAAUUCCCGCACCUCAACGCACCUGCUACGUUACCGACAGGCUGUGAAACCUCCCGAGUUGAACCCAGAGACAGAGGAGAGUCUCCCAUCCCGUCGCUCUCCUGAAGGCCCAGACCCUCCAAUACUGACUGAAGUCACUCCAUCCCUCCCCAGCGACUCUCCUCCAGACUUGGAGUCUGUAGAAAGGAAAAUGAAUCAAGGCCGUUACAAGUCAGUGCUGGAGUUCAGUGAUGACAUAGUGAGGAUCAUUCAGACGGCUAUGAACAGUGACGGAGGGCAGCCAGAGAGCAGAAAGGCUAACAGUAUGGUCAAGUCCUUCUUUAUCAGGCAAAUGGAGCGGGUCUUCCCAUGGUUCAAAGCAAGAGAGUCCAGAUUCUGGGAAGCACAAAAAGUCUCAGCUAACAAUGGUCUCCUCCCCAAUGCUGUGUUGCCUCCAUCCCUUGACCACAACUAUGCACAGUGGCAGGAGAGAGAAGAACAAUCCCGGUCUGAGCAGCCACUUCUCAUGAAGAAGAUCAUUCCCGCACCACGGCCUAAAACCCCUGGAGAACCAGACUCUCCAACCACUCCGCUUCCACUCCCUCUGUCUUUACCCCCACCACCCCCACUGCUACCUGACCGUGAAGACAGUCCAGAGCUCCCUCCCCCACCAGGUGUGAGUGAUAACAGGCAGUGUGUUCUGUGUCUAAAGUACGGGGAUGAGAACACAAACGAGGGUGGCAGGCUACUGUAUAUUGGUCAGAAUGAGUGGACCCAUGUCAACUGUGCCCUGUGGUCUGCUGAGGUGUUUGAAGAUGAUGACGGCUCUCUGAAAAAUGUUCACAUGGCUGUUCUCAGGGGCAAACAGCUGCGCUGUGAGAAGUGUCAGAGGCCUGGGGCCACGGUGGGCUGCUGCCUCACCUCUUGCCCCAGUAACUACCACUUCAUGUGUGCACGCCAGUGCCAGUGUGUUUUCCUGGAGGACAAGAAGGUCUAUUGCCCAAGGCACAGGGACCUCAUCAAGGGCGAAAUGGUGUCUGGUUUUGAGGUGACUCGCAGGAUCCUGGUGGACCUAGAGGGCAUCAGCCUGAGGAGGAAGUGGCUGGGAGGACUGGAGCCUGAGAAUGUACACAUGAUGAUAGGAUCAAUGACUAUUGAUUGCUUAGGGAAACUGACCGAACUCUCUGACUGCAAGCACAAACUCUUCCCAAUAGGAUAUCAGUGUUCCAGGGUGUAUUGGAGUACUUUAGAUGCCCGUAAGCGCUGUGUUUAUACCUGUAGAAUCCUUGUUUGUCACCCACCAGUAGUAGACUCUGAUCUGAAGGGAAUCCUGGCCCUAGAGGAGAAUCGUACCAUAGCACACAGUCCCCCUCCAUUACCAGACUUUCCAGAUCCAUUUGACUCCCCGUGGCGCUCUGAUGCCCUUUCUCCUUCCAACACCCCUAAACUUAGGGUUUACACCAGGAACCGACACCCCAGCUACCCACCCUGUCAGCGCUUACCAGGCCCCAGACCCAUGCCCUCUACAGGGGGUUCCACCCAGUCCCAAAGCCAUGAGAUUGUGACAGUAGGAGAUCCCUUGCUGAACCCGAGCAUGCAGAAUAUUGCCUCAAGACGACACAGUACCCCCUCUCUCUCCCCUCCUUCCCACCAGUCCAACCGUCAGAGAGCAGUGACCUCCCCAUCACAGGCCGUGUUAAGGCCUCUCACCUCACCCCCUCCCCUCAUUCCCUCCCCUGCCAGAGACCCAGAGAAGGCUAGACACUAUGGCAAAGAUUCAAGCCAGAAGGAUGGUGACAGAGGCAGAUUAUCCUCCACAGACAGGAACAGACCACCACCAUCCAAAGACCAAAGCCUCAGGGACACUGACAAAGGGAGAAUAUUCAGCAGAGACCAAGCCUCCAAGGAUUCUGAAAAGAAUAGAAUGACAAGAGAACUUGGACAGAAAGACUCUGACAAGGUCAGGCUACCCUCCAAAGAGCCAGAGAAGGGAAAACCAUUGGGUCAAGACCCCGGUGUGAAAGAGAGUGAACGAGCAAGGCAACUCAGUCGGGAUCCCAACUUUAGGGACUCCGAGAAGAGUAGACAGGCAAGCAGAGACACUGAGAAGGGGAGACAGGCAAGCAAAGACUCAAGUAAUAGAGACACAGACAAGAGCAAACUUUCCUGUAAAGAUCCAAACUAUAAGGACACUGAAAAAGGUAGGCCACUCAACAGAGAUGCUGGGCUUAAGGAUUUAGACAAGCAGAGACAGUACAACAAGGAUACAGAUAGAGGAAAAGCCACUGGCCAAGAUAAAGGCAGACCUUCCAGUCGAGACUCUGACAGAGGCAGACCACCCCCUAGAGACUCUAGCUACAGAAGCACAGAGAGAAACCGAGACUCUGGCUCAGGGAAAGACAGAAGCACCAGCAGUCAAUCCAAACAGGCAGGAGGGGAGAGUAAGGGUCCCAGACUGGCACCUGCAGGCUCAGGCCAGUCCUCACCUCCCAUGGGCACUGCUGUUCUCACAGGACAGCAGAGAAGUGGCAGCUCCAAGCAAGCAGACAAGCAGGGGAAACAGGGAAGCAAAGACCAGGAUGUCUCAGCCGGCCUGAGUUUGUUGCCUCGCCAGCGGUCUUCUUCAACCUCUAAUAGUAUCCAGCCCAAGGACAAACUCAUCCCAGGGAAAGAAAGCCGACCAGGUACUGGGACAUCCAUGCCGGCCAUUCUCCAUAAAGAGAUUGUUGUUGGAAAAUCUGGCUCGCCGCAGUCUUCAUUUCAGAAGAGUGACACACGGAAGUCACAUGACUACAUAUUAGGGCCGGCCCCUGCAGCUGCUUUGAAACCACUUUGGUCAUGUAGGGCAUCAGUUGAUGAUGAUAUCAUCAAGCGAAGCUCCUCGCACCAGGUCUUGCCUGCAGCCCUAGCAGCCAAAGACAAAAUCUCCAAAGUAAGGGCAGGAAAUAAAGAGGCUUUGAAAGAUUGCGACAGAGAGAAGACUCUCUAUAACAGUAACACCAGCAAUAAGAGCUCCCUUCUCAACAACAAUACUAAAGCUACAGGUCUCUCCAAUACACAUACUCAAACCGCUAGCACUCGUAACAGCAGCAACAGCAAGCCUCCCAUUCUGGGAAACAGCACCAAAUCCCAAGGAAAAGCUGACGUGGAGAAGCAGGGGGGACCGGUAGGAGACAGGUCAUCCACUAAGAACAGAGAAAUCUUCUCCUGUUCCGAGAAAAAGAGCAACUCCAGCCUGGAAAACUUACAGCUGCAGCAGUCUAGUUUGGCUCCAGAAAGAGGACAGAAAGCCCUCUCUCAGUCUCACUCUAAAGGAACGACUAAUCAACUGCCACUGUCCUCCAGAGACAAAAAGAGGCCUGGAAAACCUCCCUCUGUAGUCCCUGUAAUGACUGACAUUAAGACUGACCCUAACGGGACCAGCAAUGUUAACAGGACCCCCUCUUGCAGCUUUAGCAGCCCCACCACCACAACCACCACAGUUUCUCCUGCAGGCCAGGGGACCCGCCGGUCUGCUAGCUCCACCCUUUUCUCCUCCCCCUCUGCCAGCAGCAGUGACAGCUCUGAGUCUGACUCCCAGACACACCCAGAAGAGGAUGAACGGUGCAAAGAGCCCUCAGGCAGCGACUGCCAAGACCACCACAGUCUCCAUACUCAAUGCAUUGAGGAUGAGGGUGAUGAGCCAGAUGAGGACAAUGAUAAAGACAUGGACGAUAAGCACCAGGAGGAUGACAGUGAUGGCUCUGGCUCAGCCAAGCGGAGAUACCCUCGACGCAGUGCUCGGGCACGCUCCAAUAUGUUUUAUGGCCUCACUCCAUUCUAUGGCGUGCGCUCAUACGGGGAAGAAGACCUCCCUUUAUAUGGCAGUGGCGAUGGCAGUGGGGGAGUUGCUAAGAGGAGGACAGGUGGAAGCAAAAGGUCAGCUGAGGGGCAGGUGGAUGGAGCCGAUGAUAUGAGCACCUCCUCUUCCUCAGGCGACAGUGGAGAAGAUGAGGUGGGUGGGAUGAAACAUAGGGAGAAAGAUCCUUAUUACUACAAUUUCACCAGAACUAUCAUCAACCCAGGCGGAGGACUACCCUCUAUAGAGGGAAUAGACCAAUGCCUGGGUAGGGGCUCCCAGCUUCAGCGCUUUCUCAAAGAUGAAGAGCAGCAGCAACAGAAGGGACAAGCAAGUGUUGGAGAAGACCUGCUGAACACCAUGAGCUUGGCCAAGCAGCAGAUUGGCCAGUUUGAUGGUGUGGAUGAUGGUUCAGAGAGUGAUGCUAGCAUCUGCACCACCAGCACCACAACCACUACAGCAACUUCCUCCUCCAACUCCCACAAGAACACUGGAAAAAGGAGAGGCAGAGAAAGACACACUGAGAAACUUGAGUCCCAUGAUUCGGGCAAGGAGGCUGACAGCAGUAGUGGAGCAGCUGCAGGAGGGGGCAGCACUAACAGCCGCGAAGGCAGAAAGAACCAGAAAGAUAACUGUCUCCCUCUUGGAGCGGGAGUUAAGUCCGGGUCACAGAGUCAAAGUCAGGAUCCCCUAGAAGCCCAGCUAUCCCUCAGCACAGACCUGCUUAAGUCUGAUUCUGACAACAACAACAGUGACGACUGUGGUAACAUUCUGCCAUCAGAUAUAAUGGAGUUUGUCCUCAACACACCCUCCAUGUCCAUGCAGACUCUUGGUCAGCAAUCUGAGCCCUCCUCUUCAGAGCUCCUGUUGGAUGAGGGCUAUGUUGGUGUGGACGUCAACCGGCGAAAGGAUAUCUUGUUUGAGGACUUUCCCCAGCCAAUGUCAAGCACAGAGAGUGGAGGGGUAGUGGAGAGCAGUGUGAGCAGUUCUAUAACUGUAGAGGAGCCCUAUGAUCUUCCUUUGGAGCUGCCUUCUGACCUCUCUGUUCUGACCACUCGCAGCCCCACUGUCAGUAGUAGUCAGAAUCAUACUACUGGGAGUCUAAUUUCAGACAACACGGACCGCACAAUUUUAGGAUUGACCUCUGACCCAGAAACAAUCAGUACUGAGAAGGGUAAUGACAAGAAGAGAGGAGGGUCAAGUGUGUCACCAUCUGAGAACCAGCAUGAGGGCACAGCUUUAGCAAAUAGGGAUACUCAGCCUCCAGGUAACCAGGAUGUAGCAAGAAAUUCUGGAACCCCCGGUCUGCCUAGCUCCCCAUCCCUCCCUCUUCAGGGUCAGAAGUACCUCCCUGCCUCAGCUGCAGCAGCAGCCAGCCCGGGCCCAGUGCCAGGCCCAGGGCCUUCGCAGGCCAAGGUUGCCAUUCAAGCAAACAUCAAAUCUGGCCCUGAGAAGCUUAUUGUCGUCAAUCAGCAAUUCCGGCCCCUUUAUGUGCUUCAGACCCUCCCUAAUGGUGUUACCCAAAAAAUCAAUGCCACAGGAGUGAUGGAUACCAACUCUCCAACAGUUUUGAGCUCCAUGACUCUCACGGCGGGUCUAAAUACAGGCCUUUCCACAGGCCAGUCAAUCUUCCCUGCAGGAGGAAAAGUCCUGGGCACCAUGCCCCAUCACCCUCAGAUCCACACAUUUACAGGAACUACCCAGACAGGAUUUCAGACUGGCAUUCCCAGCACUACAUCAGGGCUCCUGAUUGGGGUGCCCUCCCAGCCCCAUGACCAGUCCCAAAUUCUGGUUUCAGAGGCUGGACGGCCACGCGAGUUGGGGCCCAAUGUCGCCAUAGUGUCCAGCCCCUCCACCCUUACUUCAUCCCCAGCUGUGCUGGCCUCUGCACAUGGCAAGAAGAGACCAAUUUCUCGUCUUCAGCCAAGAAAGACCAAAAAAUUGGCCCGCUCCCGCAGCCAGCCUACUCUAGCUCCAUCUGAUGUGGGCCACCCUCACAACAUGACCCUCAUCAACCUGUCAUCCCCUCAGAUAACUGCCAGCAUCCCUGGCCAGCCUGGUGGGCUUGUUGAGUUAAGCACCAUCUCCACCUCCCAACGCAAAGUACCCAAUAUUAUUAAGAGGCCAAAAUCUGGCGGGGUUAUGUACAUUGAGCCUACUACUCUCCUUCAGCAGCGGAUGCCUAUACCUGCUGGUGCCCAGCCAGGUAUUUUGGGCCAUGAUUCCUCUACUCACCUUCUGCCCUGCACCGUCUCCAGUCUUAACCCGAACCAGUCAGUGCUGAAUGUUGUUUCUGUGCCACCUAGUGGAACUACUGGUCUUCUUGCUUCAGGAUCUGUCUCUCUCUCCACUCCUGUUCUCAGCUCUACUGAGAUUCCGGGACCAAUUAGCAACCUCCUCUUUAAGGCUGGUCCUCAUGGUUUGGGCCUGUCUGAUCAGCCAAUGGUUCUUCAGUCAGCAGGUGGAGCGCCCAUGAUGUCCCAGCUAAGCUCCCCUGGACAGACAUCCAUUGCCAGCAACAUCUGUGUCCUGCCCUCACAACAAACCAUUGGCAUGACUGUCAGUCAGCAAGGAGAGACAGACAGCAGUGUUGGCCCUCUCCAACAUCAAACCCAGUCAGUUAACAGAUCCCAGACCCUGGAUUCAAGCCCUAACAACACGCCUGCUUGUGUAACUUUAGCUUCUGGUUCUGCCACCAACCCAAGCUCUAACAAGGGACAUGUUGUUGGGGUUUUCUCCCAAACCAAGGCCUCAGGACAUUGCCAAAGCUCUAGAAUCAACCCCAUUUCCAGGUCUUCAGAUCAAAGGCAGCCUAACUCCACCCCAGUUGUAUCAGCAUCAGUAACUGUGUCAGGACCAGAAAAGGGCAAGCAGAAAACCAAGAGGAGCAGACAGAGUCCAGACAAAAUCAGUGGGAAGAAGCUGAAGGCUUGCCAGGCAGAGGAACAUCACAGCAAUGCAGGGCGAAGAACUACUUCAUUAAACCAAGGGUCAAGAGAGCUGUGCUCUCCUGAACCUAUGGACACUGGCAAGGCCACAGAUAAGGGGCCCAACAAAAGUGUCCUCGGUACAAAGGCCUCUGAAACACCUGCUCUAAUGGGGAAAGCUGUGGAGAAGGACAAAAUAUCUGGUGGGGCAGGGGGACCGGGGUCCCUAGCUGUUACCUCUCCCCCAGACCAGGAAGGUAAUGGAAGGGAUAUAGCCCUGGACAGCAAACCCAAGAAGGGCAUCAUCUUUGAAAUCUGCAGUGAAGAUGGAUUCCACAUCCGCUGUGAGAGUAUCGAAGAGGCUUGGAAAUCCCUGACUGAUAAAGUGAAACAGGCUCGUUCCAAUGCCAGGCUCAAAGAGCUCUCCUUUGAAGGAGUGAAUGGGUUGAGGAUGCUGGGUGUCGUCCAUGAAGCAGUAGUUUUCCUGCUGGAGCAGCUGUAUGGCUCCAGACACUGUAGGAGCUACCGCUUCCGUUUCCACAAGCCUGAGGAGACCAAUGAACCUCCUCUCAACCCCCAUGGUUCAGCCCGUGCAGAGGUGCACCACAGGAGAUCUGUGUUUGAUAUGUUCAACUUCCUGGCCUCCAAGCACCGCCAGCCCCCAGAGUACAGGCCUCAUGAAGAGGAAGAGGAGGAAGGGUUGCUUAGGACUGCUAGACGUGCCUCCAUGGAGCUACCCCUGGCAGUUAGAUUCAAGCAGCUCAAAACCACCUCCAAGGACACCGUUGGGGUGUACAGAUCUCCCAUCCACGGUCGAGGUCUGUUUUGCAAGAGGCCCAUCGAUGCAGGGGAAAUGGUGAUUGAGUAUUCAGGCAAUGUCAUCCGUUCAGUGCUCACUGACAAACGGGAAAAAUAUUAUGAUGGCAAGGGGAUUGGCUGUUACAUGUUCCGCAUUGACGACUAUGAGGUAGUAGAUGCUACGGUACAUGGCAAUGCCGCCCGCUUCAUCAACCAUUCCUGUGAGCCUAACUGCUACUCACGUGUCAUCACAGUGGAUGGCCAGAAGCACAUUGUCAUCUUUGCCUUUCGUCGCAUCUACUGCGGGGAGGAGUUAACCUAUGACUACAAGUUUCCCAUUGAGGAUGCCAACAACAAGCUGCCAUGUAACUGUGGCGCCAAGAAGUGUCGCAAGUUCCUCAAUUGAUGUCCCUUCCUCCAACCUAUCUGAAGGGGUUAACAUGUCCCUCAUGUAGUUGUGCCACAUCUAAUUCUUAUGUGAUGUUCAGGAGGGUGUUUUGACAAGUAAUUUGGCCAUGGCACUAGCUAUAUUACAGGUGUCCAGUGUGCCCUUUCAGCAUAGGGCCACAACUGCAGAAGGACACUAGCUGUAGCAUGGCUUUGGCUUGCUAGUGCUGGCUGAGCAGAGGCCAGAGAUGGAGCAAUAGUGGGUCAUAUUAUAUAUGCAGGUGAGGCCAUUGGAGCAGGGGGCCUAUUGUUUAAAGAGAAAUAAAUUAUUGUGCCUCCUUUUGUUUGGUUUACUUGUGCGGUGGGUUCAGCUUGAGAGGUGAGCUAUGAAAUGUUUAGCUAGCACCUUCACAGAAUUGCGAGUUUAACCGUUUAUACACACACACACACACACACACUUGGAAGGUAAAAAGUUCCUUUUCAUUUUUACAUUGGCCCAUUCCCCUUAAUUUUCUAGAAAGAUUUGUCAUUCCUUGGAAGGUAAUAGAUGGAAGAAAAAGCAAAAACAAAAAGAACCCGUUCAAGAGUCCCGUUUUACACCAAAGUGCAAUUUGUUGAAGGAAACAGUCAUUUCAAUGGAAAGAGAAAAGCAGAAAGUCCUGUUUGUUUUUUUUCUCUUGGUGUCAUCUGUUAUUGAAACACAUCUUGUCAGAAUGUGUCCAGAUGCCUUUAGAGCUUACAAUAAAUUGGAACCUUCCCCUACCCAGGAUGCUUAAAAUCUCAUUGCUGUUUAUGGAAGACACUGUAUAUAGGAGGUUGCCCAGGAACUUGUCCAGAGCAGCCUGGUGAAAGCAGUACCGGUGCAAAACACUAGGGGGAGCUUUGGUAAUUUUAAAGAACAGAAGAGACGUGCAAAGGAAAGGGAGGUGAAAUUGUAGAUUUGUACAAAACAAAACAGAUGUUAGUUUGGUCAUUUGUGUUGAGAAUGACGGCUACAAGAGUAUUUAGACUGAGUGUUAAGUCUGUCAACUAGGUAGCUAUGUAGACAUGUUAAUGAUUUGAUAAAGCUUCUUGCCUUGAGGAAGCUUGGCAGCUGGAGAUUCUGGUGGACUGACAGCAAAGGGGACUGGAGAAUUCUACUGUUGUGCUUUAACAGUCACAUGUUUAUCAUUCAUUUUUUGAGGGGUGGGCAAAAUCCAUGAUCAAGAAAGAGUUAUUCAUGGAUUUUGAGCAUUGAGAAAUAUAUGGACAGUAGUACUGCAUAUUUCUGCAUGCUGUUGUUUAAAUUUAUUUGGAAAUUAUAACAGCUUGGAUUUUCUAAAAAAAAAAAAAAGAAAAAGAAAAAAAAGUUCCAAAUUACAACAGCAGAGACAACCAAACAUAAUUAACCCUUGAACAGAAUCUACACAGAAGUUAUUGACUUCUACCAGGCCUGUUGUUAUAGCAAUUACUAUGGAAAAAGAUGUUUUUAUUUGUAUUGUAUUGGUAUUCAGUCUUUUUAAAGUCAUGUUUGUUAUCUGUCUUUAUUUUUAUGGACAGGGAAUUAUCAUGCUUGCUUUUGAAAAGAGAUGUAAAUAAUAGUGUAUAUUUUUCUACACAAAAAAACUAAAAAGCACUCACUAGUGAAUAGCACUUAAUGAUGGUAUUUAUAUUUUUAAGAAAUCGUAUUUAUUUAAUUGCCGUUUUUGUAGGAACUAGAGAAGUUUACAAACACUAAUGCUUGGUCUCUACAUUUUGUAUUCAGCUGCCUUUUCAAAGUUGUUAUUUUAUUUUAAUUUUUUUUUCUAUUUUAUUUUAUUUUUUUAGCCUGAAUGUUUUCUUUGAUUCCAAAGACUGACGCUGGUCUGUGGCUUGGUCCCAUUGAAAUCAGUCCACCAGUAACACUCUAU